ACACACACACACACACACACACACACUCCCAAGUCUUUGCCUCCCUUUCCAGCUCUCAGCGGAGCCAACUAGAUGGUGUUGCUUUCUUCAUUAUCUCCCGUCAGUCUUUUCUACGCGUGACAAGAGCAACAAGAGCAACAAGGAACAGUCCAACAAACCGACAGCAGCUACAACAGCAAACAACAAGAAGAAAGCAAAAACAAGGAAUAGGCAGAGACAAGCAAACAGCAGGGCAGCGCAGGGCAGGGAAGGCAAGAAAGGAAAGAAAGGCGGCAAAGGCAGCCGGCUCUACACACAAAACCCACAUAAAAAUCCCACACUCUCCUCCCCCCCUCCGCGCCUUUCUCGUUGCAGAGAACAAUGGCCAACUCAGAUCCGCCAGGAGCCGGUCUGUGGGAGGACACGAUGGGCGGCAGCAACGAAGGGUACGGCUUUUUCGACCUCGACGCCUUUAUCAGCAUGGACGGCAGCGCCACCACCGACUCCAUGUCGACCGACGACGUCGAUCAUCACCACCACCACCACCACCACCACCACCACCGCAACAUGUUCCGCCUCUCCAUCGACGGGGGCGGCAGCAGCAGCAGGGCCGACGACGGCGACGAAGAGGCCUCGCCCCCGACCUCGUACAGGUCGGACGACCACGCCGUCGUCUGCGUGCCGGCCGAAGCCGACGACGAGCUGCAGUCCCAGCAGCAGCAGCAGCAGCUCCACUUACGCCACCACCACCACCAGCGGCAGAUGGAGGCCAACCUGGAGCUGCUGCGCCGCCAACGGCGCUUUCUGUCGUCGCCUAGCCGCAUGUUCGAAAAUACGGCGGCGGCGGCGGCGGGGCCCGGGUCCGUUUCCGACUCGGAGAUCUUGCGGCUCGAGGACCUGUCCGUCUGCUCGCCGCGCCGCCCCGUCGCCGCAGCCGCACAGCAACCGCAGCAGCCGCAGCAGCAGCAGUCGUUCCCGGCCUCGGCGCCGCCCUCGAGGCGCGCCUCGCCCACCAAGCCCGGCCUGCUGACCAAGAUGUACGAAAAGGCGGCCGCGACGCUGGCGGCGAGGCCGGGCGGGAGCCGCUCCCCGCUGAAGCGCGCGCAGACGGAUCUGCAGCAGCAGCAGGGGCAGGGUUGCGAGCACGAGCACGAGCACGAGCACGAGCACGGCGGCGCCUUUCCUCUGUCGCCGCCGUCGAGCGACCACCAACACCACCAAUACAGUCAAGGCCAGGUCUUUGUUGUCGACAGGAGCAGUCUCGACGACCCCUUUAGCGACGCGGGCGGCCCGCAGCAGCAGCACAUCAAACUGGAGAGCGGCCACGACCACGACGACCGCGGCCACCAGGAGCACCACCACCACCACCACAGCCACGACAUGGUGGUCCUCCCCGAAACGCCCGUCACCACCCCGCUGCUGGGCCACGAGGCCGUCAUGGAGGUGGCCGACAAGGCGGCCCGGGACGCCCUCCUCGCGACGAACUCGGGCUGGCUCGCCGCGGGUCCAGUAGACGCGGCGCUGUGGACGGGCGCGCACCGCGCGGCCCGCCGCACGCCUCGGUGCAGCAGCAGCAGCAGCAGCAGUCGCAGCAGCAGUCGCAGUCGCAGUACCCGCCCGCCCCGGACGGCGGCGACCUGGCGUACCACUACACCACAACCACCACCACCGCCGCCGCCGCCAGGCCCUACCAGCCCCCUUUCGCGACGGCACCCAUGCCGUCAGACAGCAGCAGUGCUGUCCCUGCCGGCGCCAUGA